GGGGGACCCUGGAAGGGGGUUCACAAAGGGUGAGACAUGGCCACCAGGCGUUUAACCGACGCUUUCUUGUUGUUGCGGAAUAAUUCCAUCCAAAACCGGCAGCUGUUAGCCGAGCAAGAGCUGGAUGAGCCAAAUCAAGUCAAAGGCGUGUCCACAAGAAUGUCCAAGGAAGUUAAGAACUGAUGCAAGAAAAGAUAGGAGUGGAGUUGAGACCCUAGUGUGACAGAGGCAAGCUUGUAACACAGCUGGCUGAUGACCGCAUGGCACUGGUGUCAGGCAUCAGCCUAGAUCCAGAAGCAGCGAUUGGUGUGACAAAGCGGUCACCUCCCAAAUGGGUGGACGGAGUAGAUGAAGUACAGUAUGAUGUUGGCCGCAUAAAACAGAAGAUGAAGGAGUUAGCCAGCCUUCAUGACAAGCAUCUGAAUAGGCCCACCUUGGAUGACAGCAGCGAGGAAGAGCAUGCCAUCGAGAUAACCACCCAAGAGAUCACACAGCUCUUCCAUAGGUGCCAGCGUGCUGUGCAGGCCCUGCCCAGCCAGGCGAGAAGGGCCUGCUCCGAGCAGGAGGAGCGGCUGCUGCGGAACGUGGUGGCCUCCCUGGCACAGGCCCUGCAGGAGCUGUCCACCAGCUUCCGGCAUGCACAGUCCGGCUACCUGAAACGCAUGAAGAACCGAGAGGAGCGGUCCCAGCAUUUCUUCGACACGUCAGUGCCACUGAUGGAUGACGGAGACGAUGCUGCCCUGUAUGGUCAGGGUUUCACGGAUGAGCAGCUGGUCCUGGUAGAGCAGAAUACACUGAUGGUGGUGGAGAGGGAGCGGGAGAUCCGUCAGAUCGUGCAGUCCAUUUCCGACCUCAGUGAAAUCUUCAGGGACUUGGGAGCCAUGAUUGUGGAGCAGGGUACAGUCCUUGACAGAAUUGACUAUAAUGUUGAACAGUCCUGUGUCAAGACUGAAGAUGGCUUGAAACAGCUUCACAAGGCAGAGCAGUACCAAAAGAAGAACCGGAAGAUGCUUGUGAUCUUGAUCUUGGUUGUCAUCAUCGUAGUCCUCACCGUGGUCCUCAUCGGCGUAAAGUCUCGCUAGUGGCGCCAAGUUCUGGAGCGUGCUACUGCAUGGGUUCCUUGGGUAGGAGGGUUUGGCUGGCACCACUUCACUGUACUGCCUGCAGAGCACAGCCCACUGGCCCAACGGCAGCUGCGGGCCUUCCUGUGGAUGCCCUCUCUUGGUGGACUGGAGUGCAGGCAUGGCUGUGGGUUUCCAUCUCUGUCCAGGGUUUAAGGACCUGAGGCUGUUGCUGAAGAGACUGGCCCUGUGGCCAGCUGUGAUCUAAACACUUACUAGAAAGUGAGGGAAUGCAGGUUUGCAGGCCUUGCUGAGGCACCAGUGUGGUGUGCAUGUGCUUACUGCUAGUGCUCACGUCUGAGCAGCAUGUUCAAUAAUUUUUCAGAAAUUUUUUUUUUAGCCAUCUGGUUUUUAAGAAGUUUGGUACCAAAAAUUUAUGAGUAGAGGCAAACUGCCUCUUCAUCUUCCCAGCUGAAAACAAACCAAGACGUUCUUCAAGAAUUUAUAAUCCGUUCCCCAUUAACUUAAUUUAGCUUCUCCAUCACAGUUAACGAUCAGAGUAACAAAGUGUGAAAAAUAAGAAACCAUCAUUGAUGUUAAUUAACACAUUUAGACGGGCCAGUUAAACCAGCUUCAUGCGUUUAAAUCAAUUGUAAAUAGCAUACUCCUCAUUCAGAAUUUUGCACUGCAUUUUCUGCUGUAAACCAAGAGGGGUUACUAAGCAAAACCUCCUGAAUCAGAGAGUUGGUCAUUUGAACUGACCUCACAUUACAAGAAAACUUGAUGGUAUCAUGAACUAGAUUGAGCCAUGUGUCCCCAGCCGUUCUUCCUCAGUCCGUCACUUACAGUCUAGCUAUGUAAUCACCUGUCCAAACCCGACUCCACUUAGUGAGCUGUAAAUUACACAGAGGCCGCUUUAGAUGGGCCACCCCAUUUAGGAUUAGUGGAUCUCAAAUUAUUAACCAAACAUCACUCCAUUUCAAAGUAAAAUAUUCUACCCAUGAUUUGAUUUAUCGACUCUUCCAUUGCCACUUAACAAUGCCCAGAAAGCAGGUAUUCCUGAGGACAGUGAGAGCCUCGACUAAGGAAGCCCUCUGUGUGUGCUUGCUGUGUGUGUGUGUGUGUGUGUGUAUGUGUGUGUGUGUGUGCCCACGUGUGUAUCACAUGCAUAUCAGAUCACUAGAGUAAGGUUCUGUUUACUUCUGUUUAUCUACCGGUGCUUGGGUGCUUGGCAGGACUGGAGAGGUGUGGACAGUGUUGGAGUCAGAAGAUGAGGUGUGUGUCUGACUUGCCAUCUUCAUUGAUGCUGCUAUACUUUUAGUGGUCUUUGUGUCAUUUUCGAUAGCUUUUAAAAUUGUCUCUGCUUCUCUUACGUUAUUUAAGAAUAUGGUCCUUUUGAGUGUGUGUGUAGACAAAUGUGUGUAUUUACAGACUCACUGCAGGGGGAGUUCAGAACUCCAGCUCGUGCAGAGUUACCCUGAGCUCAGCCUCCCUGCUCAGGCUGUGGGACACUGAGGUCCAAAGGUUUACCAGACCCCUUGACGACAUUAGUAGGGAGGGUUGGAAGGGGAGUUAGCACCUACCCCAUCACUUUAGAAUCAGGAAAGGGGGGUCCUACAGGCCUCUUUUCCUGAUUUCUGAGGUUAGACAAGCUGCUCCUGGAUGGACUGGUCAAAUUAGGGGACCUGCUUUAAGCAAUCUGUGGAGGCCACGCUGAGUAAUUAUGAAAGCCUUGAAGAAAAGUGACCUUUUAAAAAAGGAUCACCAUUUAUUUAUAUUUAUUUUCCUAAGUAGGGUUUUUUUGUUGUUGUUUUGUUUUUUUUUUUUUUUCUUUUGGUGGGGGGAGUUAGUUUUCCCCCAACCCUUCUGGGUAACCUAACAGGUCUGGUUAGAAAUUGACCUAAGGACCUGUGGGAAGAGGGACUGUCCCCUUGUGCUUGAAGACAGUAUGGUUCUGAUAUGGGCCCAGCCACCCUGAUGGCCAUCCUUAGGGGGCAUGGACAGGCCUGCCUUGUAUGUAGCUAGAUCCACAGCCGUGUAUGCUAGCUCUUUGGGGUCCCUCCCCAUUGCACUUUUCCAUUGAGCCUGUUCUUGGGGGAAUAUCAGAAAUGUGUGAGGACACAAGAGGGAUUAGUGCCAGGGUGCUGGUAGGGACCUCAGGAUAACUGACUUUGGAAGAGGACUCUUCUAUCUGCCGACAGCCACUGUCUGUGGGCUCAUCCUGCCCUUCAGUCUGGCUGUGGAGGUGACAAUCACAUCUCUCCCUGUGCCUGGGAAGUGCCCUGGGGAAGAAGCCCAAGCCCUGGAUACUACCUUCUUCCAUGGUCCUCGGUGACUCCUGUAGAGUGGCGGGAAGGAAGGGGACAAGUGCUGGACCUUUGGGGCCCCUGAUCUUUCGUAAGACUAGCCUAAAACUGCUCUCUGUCUUUUGGGGCAGGGAGGGGGUUGGGGUGCUAGCUGGGCCACUGUGUGAAGCAGUGUGUCUAAUUUAACGGAUGUACCGCUUUCUUUGCUAAUUGAGAGAGCAUUAUUUAUUUGUUUUGACACAAGUGCUUGCAGUGUUUCAUCCCAGCUAAUGGCUUCUUAAAGGUAAUAAAACCCUCCAACCUAAUUGGCCAGAUAAGACUUUUUUCCUUGUGUGCUUAAAUAAAGCAAUUAGUGAAGCGCUUCUAUCCAAAA